AAAACAGAGAGAGGCACUUUUUGCGUGACAAAUUUAUAGUGUUAUUUUAUACAUUUGGAUUGGGUUCUCAUUUUACUUUGAAGAACUAAUUUAAAAUGGCAGCAGAGGAAGGCCUAGUGAUCGGUUGCCACACUCUUCAGGCUUGGAACGAGCAGCUUCAAAAAUGCAACGAAUCCAAAAAUUUGGUGGUGGUUGAUUUCACUGCAUCAUGGUGUGGACCCUGCCGCUUUAUUUCACCUUUCCUGGCGGAACUAGCCAAGAAGUUCCCUUCUGUCACCUUUCUUAAGGUGGAUGUUGAUGAAUUGAAGGAUGUUGCUGCCGAUUGGGCUGUAGAGGCAAUGCCGACUUUCAUGUUCCUCAGGGAGGGUAAGAUUCUGGGAAAAGUGGUAGGAGCAAAGAAAGAUGAGCUUCAGCAGACUGUGUUAAAGCAUAUGGCUGCCUCUGGUACUACUUCUGCUUGAUUAUCGUAUUUAUUAGCACUAUUAUAUCAUCUUUUCAUGUCUGGAGCAACAUAUUAGUAUUAAAGACCUCAUUCUGCCCUAUUAUCUGGGGUAUAAAUAAAUC